AUGGCUGAUUUCUCUCAAUACGGUAUCCCCAGCCCUGAGUGGGUGGCCCUGGAGCCGACAUUAUCUUCUCUCCCAUCAGAUCUUACCGCGGAGCAGCAGAGAGCAGUGGUUAACAAAGUCCGUGAAGAAGCUUCAGCACGGGCUAUAAGCGAAGGCCUCGGCGCACAUAUCCAAACCAAAGACUAUACCUUCCCUUCCCGGGAUGGAGCGUCUCUCGAGAUCCGCACCUAUCGCCCUGUAGGAGUGCCCGAGACCCAGCCUCUCCCUGUGUUCAUCUACUUCCACGGCGGAGGUUUCCUCAUGGGAACCAUCGGCACUGAGGACGCGGCCUGCGCACAACUCAUCAAAGGCAACGUCGAAAAGAACCAUCCCAUCGUCGUCGUCAAUGUCAAUUACCGCCACACCCCUGAGUACAAGUACCCGACAGCAUGGGACGACGUCGAAGACGCCUUUAUUUGGGUCCACGACCAUAUCGCUGACAUUGGCGGCCUCGCUGACCAGGUCGUUGUCGGCGGUGUGUCUGCUGGCGGCCAAUUAGCCGCUGCGCUGACCCUGACACAGGUCCGAGGUGAGAACCAGCGUAUUGCCGCCUUGCCCAAGAUCAGAGGACAGGUCCUCAUUAUUCCCUGCUUGGUUCACCCGCAUUACUAUGCCCCGCGCGUCGAGAAGCUUCGGAGCCCGGAGGUCUCAAGUAGAGUGCAUUACUUGGUCUCGAGGGGGGGUGCGAAGGGGCGGGAGAACGAUUUCCGGAUGAACCCUGGGAAUGCGCCCCCUGAGGACGUCAAAAAGCUUCCUCCUACGACUUUUGGUAUCGCAGGGUCUGAUCCUUUGAGAGACGAAGCGCUUUUCUAUUCACAGUUGCUUAGUGAGAAUGGAGUCCCUACGGCUACCCAUAUCUUCCCUGGGCUUCCUCAUGGAUUCAGAAUCGUCGGAGAGCUGAAAUCGAACAAAGCAUGGGACAGAGUCAUGAGUGACGGGAUUUCAUGGGCUCUUAGCAACCCGGCUGCUGGGCCAUUCGAAAUCAAGGUAGAAUAG